AAUUCUUUUAAUCUGAUGGAAACUAAUAUUAAGCAAACGAAAGCAAAGAGAUAAGCAAGCUCUUGUAUAUAGUAGAAAAUGAUGAAGAAAUGUUUACAAAACUCUCCAAAGUCCUCUCCAAAAGCCUCUCCAAGUAGAAAAUCUACUACUCUGCAACACUUGCUCGAUUUAGAUUCAAAAAAUAUCAGUAUGAUUCCUUCUUCUAGUCCAAGAAAGAUGAGACAAUCUUCCUUAGACUCUGAAAAUGAGGGAAUUCUAUCGAUAAUAUCUAACUGUUCUAUCGUUUUUAACUUCACCGAUCCCUUAGAGUCUCCUUCUCAACAGGAUUUAAAAAGAAACAAACUAAUUCAACUUCUUGGUAUAGUAAAAUCCCCUAAUCCAUUUCCUGAGAAAGUCCUGCCCUCUCUUGUUUCUAUGAUAGCAGUAAACCUUUUCCGGCCUUUACCUCCAUCUUGUACUUAUAAUACUAUAACCUCAGCAGACUUGUUACCUGAUGACGAAGAUUUUGCUUCUACUCUUUCACCCACUUGGCAACAUCUGCAAAUUGUUUAUGACAUUCUUCUUAGACUAGUUCUUAACAUUGAUCCCAAGGUUCUUCGCGAACUUAUCAAUCAAUCAUUUCUUCUUAACCUUCUUUCUCUUUUCCAAUCUGAUGAUCCUCGCGAACGCGAGAUUCUGAAGAAUGUUUUUCACCGGAUAUACUUGAGAUUCACCUUCCAUCGUUCAUUCAUGAGAAAGUCAAUGAAUCAAGUGUUCUUGCAUUAUGCUUUCGAGACCGAGAAGCACAAUGGGAUUGCUGAGUUGCUUGAGAUAUGGGGAAGUAUUAUAAAUGGAUUUACAGUGCCAUUAAAAGAAGAACAUAAGCUUUUUCUGAUGAGAGUGCUCAUUCCUUUGCAUAAGACGAAAGGGGUGCAAUUUUACCAUAGACAGUUAUCAUAUUGUGUUAAUCAAUUUGUGCAGAAAGAGCCAAUGUUAGGUGGGAUCGUUGUUAGAGGGUUGUUAAGGUAUUGGCCUAUCACUAAUUGGCAAAAGGAAAUUUUGCUUAUAGGUGAAUUGGAGGAGUUAGUGGAUAAUAUUGAUCCUGGUCAUUAUAGAAAGCUGGCUUUGCCUAUUUCUACCCGAAUUACAAGAUGCUUGAACAGUUGGAACUCUCAGGUUGCAGAACGUGCAUUAUACAUAUGGAACAAUGAACAGUUGGUGAAAUUGGUAUCAUCAGCAAUAGAAGAAGUGUUACCUGUGGUGGUUGAAGGGAUGGAGAAGAACCUGAAAUGUCACUGGAGCGACAGUGUCAAGCAAUUGACAGAAGAUGUUAAAGCAAUGCUUCAGGAAAUGUAUCCAUCUUUAUAUGAAAACUCUGUGCAGGAAAUUGAACAAAGACAGUUCUUGGCUCGCCAACGAGAACUGAAGAGGAAGGAAACAUGGGAAAGAAUAGAAUUGGAAGCAGCCAAGAAUCACUUCCUCCAGCCGCACCACUUGUUAUGUCUUUCUCAUUGAUAAGCAUUUAUGUAUGUAUAUAAAUCGAACUAAACUCUGCU